AUGGAUUUCCAACUUCCCGUCGGAAAAUCCCAGUUCAAGUGGGUCAUCGUGUGCAUCGAUUAUCUCACUAAGUGGAUUGAAACUGCACCCUUGGCCGCAAUAACAACUGAGAAGGUCCAGCAUUUCCUACAACGCAAUAUCUUUUACCGCCAUGGUACGCCGGAGUCCAUCAUCAUGGACAAUGGCAAACAGUUCAAUAAUGACCUCCAAAUCACGUGGAGCAAAGCAAGGGGGACUACGCUAAAAUUUGUCUCUGUCGCACACCCCAAAACUAAUGGGCAAGUGGAGGCCGCCAACAAACUAAUCAAAUGUCUCAUAAGGAAGAAGUUGGAUGAUGCAAAAGGACUUUGGCCCGAGAAGCUUGACGAAACAUUAUGGGCAAUCCGAACCACGCCAACAGAGGCCACGGGCGAGACACCCUUCUGUCUAAUGUAUGGCACAGAUGCAGUACUCCCCAUCAAAGUGAUCAAACCAACACAACGGGUUACACUGUUUGAACCCGAGACCAAUUCGAGAACAUGCAACUAG